CUCUCACUCACUCACUCACUCACUCAGUCCGCGAGUGGAGCGCUGUACACUAUCACAGCGCGUGUAAGCCGAGAGCGCUUUGUGUCUUCCAUUCAUCCCGUUAAAAGGCUGCUCACACUUCUCCUCCUGACACUCCGGGAUACUUUGUCUGUGUUUGUUUCUCUUCACUCGCAGUAGUAGUGGAUGGUAUCUGCGUCUUUUACCUCCGCGGUUGUACGGAGAGGGGAGCCGCUAGAGGACACGCGCAUCACGACAAAGCAGCACGAGGGAGUUUUUUUUUUUUCUUUUUUUUCUUUUUUUUUCUGGAGGAAGAGGCGGCACGAGGAGAGGGAGGAAAUAAAAAAAGGAAAGAAAAAAAAAAAAAAAACAACAUAAAAAUAUAAAUAAAAAUCUGAGCCCCGGCUUGGAGAAAUAAAGUAUCCGGCUGAGUUUGAGCGGAUUUUACUGAACAGGUGCGUUUGAGGAUUUUGCGGAUGGUUGUCGGUUUGGCGGAGAGGAGUCACUGCCUCUGCGCAAGUCUCAGAUGAAGAUGAAGUCUGCGGGCGUCGUGGAUGGAGGAUUGUUCACAGAAAGCUACUGUAACAUCUGCAAUGCCCAGCUCAUCUCCGAGUCCCAACGCACUGCUCACUAUGAGAGUAAGAAACAUGCCAACAAGGUGCGUCUGUUCUACAUGCUGCACCCUGAAGAUGGAGGACCACCUUCCAAGAGACUGAGGCCAGAUAACCCAGACUGUGCAGAGACAGAGGUGGACAGAAACAAGUGCUGUACUCUGUGUAAUAUGUUCUUCACGUCCGCCAUUGUGGCCCAGUCCCACUACCAGGGAAAAACCCACGCUAAGAGAGUCCGACUGGUACUGGGGGAGCCGCCCACCUUACCUACAGCAGUGAGCAGCCCGACAAAUACAGAUUCCUCACCCUCCACCCCACUGCCCACAGACCCCACUGCAUGUCCCCCUCCUCCCCCCACGUUGCCGUGGCCCAUGGGAGUGGUUGGCGGAAAUGGUGGAAGAGAGGCCGGGAAAUACUGCUGCCUGUGUGGAGCCUGGUUCAACAACCCGCUGAUGGCCCAGCAACACUACGAAGGCAAGAAACAUCGCAGGAACGCGGCCAGGGCACGUCUGCUGGAGCAACUAGCAGGCAGCCUGGAUGCCACAGAGAGCACAGGGCUCCGCAGUAGUUACUCCUGCAGCGUUUGUAGCGUGGUCCUCAACUCCAUCGAACAGUACCAUGCACACCUCCAGGGCUCCAAGCACCAGAACAACCUGAAGCAACACCAGCAGUAAGCCACCGAGACAGUCCACUCGGAAAACAUGAUGAAGAGAAGACAUGAAGACAGUGAUUACUGGAAUAAACAAGUUCAGAAAGGAGGACUCGGAUCACAGACUUAAAAAGAGUAUAAGAAAGUAUUAGAAAGUAACUUUUUGCGUGUAUGUGUUUGUGUGUGAGUAUCUGUAUGGGUGUCGCCGGCAUCCACGUAUGCAUUCGGGGAUCAUUGUGAGUUUUUAUUUCUAUCUUUGAUGUAAAAAAAAUAUAUCUCUGAGAUUUAUUGAGCACCUAAGUGUUUGAUAAAAAAAUUCUCGACACCACCAGCCAACCUGCGGCUGCAUGUUGCCAUAUAAUUCCUAUGUGAACCACAAUCCUAAAUUGAACUGAUGUCAGUUGUUGCCUACAGUGGUAAUAAUCAUUAUGGUGAUCAUUACAGAGCAACAGUAACUAGAACUCUCUACCUAGCAGCAUCGCGAGUGCUCUGAUAGUGACUGUUGUGAAAUGUUCACACCGUUUAGUUUAGAAGUUAUUUAUUAUUUGUCAGUAUAUAUUGUACAUGUGGACAUGCAACACGCACAUCCGAAUUAGCCCACCCAUCACUAGCUGAACAUGCAGGAACACACAGCAUACUGCAGACUAGUAGCAGUGGGCGCCAGAGGAGCAAACUCGGGGGGGUUAAGUGCCUUGCUCAAGGGCACAUCAGCCAACAAUUUCUCUGCUGGUUCAGCGGCCUGUGACUGACUCCUACUAGGUCAUCAGCCACUUCUCCAACCCUCUAAGCCACGGCUGCCCCUACGUCAACGUCCUAUGUACGGUAAAGUAAAUUUGAUGAUAC